AUGACGAAGCCGCCGGCAAUUCGUCCGUCCCUCCUCGCCCUGGCCGCGGCUGUCGCCGUCGCAUCCCUCAUCGCCACCGCCUCCGCCGAGAUCAAAACCCUAAGGAUUUCCAACGACCCCAGGCCGAUGAUUCUCUUCGAGAAGUUCGGAUUCACUCACACCGGCCACGUCACGAUCUCAGUCUCCGGCGUCUCCGUCUCUUCCUCCAUCAACGCUCCCAAUCCGGACCCUUCAGGUUUGGGCUUCUUCCUCCUCUCCGAAGAGUCUCUGUUGCAGGUCCUGCUCGAGAUGCAGCAAAACCCUAAUUUCUGCGUCCUCGGAUCCAAAUACGUCCUCAAUCUGUUCAGCUUUCGCGACCUUUCACCGCCGCCGCUCUCUUCCUUCAACCAAUCCUACCCCAUCCCUCACCCGAAUGAGUACUCUCUCUUCUUCGCCAACUGUGCCCCGGAGACGAAGGUCUCCAUGAAUGUUCGCACUGAUGUCUAUAACGUCGAUUCGGAUGGGUCCAAGGAUUUCCUCUCCGCUGGGCAAACACAAUUGCCUUCUCUGUAUACCGUAUACUCCACUGCUUACCUCGUGUUUAUGGGUUUCUGGAUCUACCUGUGCCUUACGAACAAGAGAUCUGUGCACCGGAUCCAUCUGUUGAUGGCUGGACUGCUUCUGAUGAAAGCUCUUAACUUGAUCUGUGCCGCGGUGGACAAGCAUUACGUGAAGGUCACUGGCACCCCACAUGGGUGGGAUGUGUUGUUUUAUUUCUUCCAGUUUCUUCGUGUUGUGUUGCUCUUCACUGUCAUAGUGUUGAUUGGCACUGGGUGGUCGUUCUUGAAGCCCUUUUUGCAAGAGAAGGAGAAGAAGGUGUUGAUGAUUGUGAUCCCUUUGCAAGUAUUGGCAAAUGUGGCUUCUGUGGUGAUUGGCGAGACAGGGCCGUUCAUUAGGGAUUGGGUGACCUGGAAUCAGGUGUUCUUGCUGGUGGAUAUAAUCUGCUGCUGUGCCAUAAUCUUCCCAAUUGUGUGGUCGAUUCGUUCGCUCAGGGAGACAUCCAAGACUGACGGCAAAGCAGCAAGGAAUCUAGCGAAACUGCAGUUGUUUAGGCAGUUUUACAUCCUUGUUAUCGGGUACCUGUACUUCACAAGAAUUGUAGUGUUUGCCCUGAAGACCAUUGCAGCAUAUAAGUAUCAAUGGGUGAGCAGUGCUGCAGAGGAAGCAGCAAGUUUGCUGUUUUAUGGAGUGAUGUUCUACAUGUUUAGGCCGUUGGAGAAGAAUGAGUACUUUGUGAUUGAUGAAGAAGAAGAAGAGGCAGCUGAGAUGGCAUUGAAAGAUGAAGAAUUUGAGCUCUGA